AUGUCGGAAAAGAGACGAGCAUCGGCGACGCAGCCCGGCAGCCAGCUGGUGAAGCGGCCGAACCUGGGCGGCAGCUCUGGCGGGCCGGGCAGCACUGCACUGAUCCAGGCACAGCCCCGCACGAGCGGGCUGCAGGCGCCCGUGAUGCAGCUGACGGGCCACGGCGACGAGGUGUUUUGUGCCAAGUUCGACCCGGCGGGCCACCUGCUGGCGUCGGGGUCCAUGGACCGGUCGAUUCUGCUGUGGCGCACGUACGGCGACUGCGAAAACUACGGCGUGCUGACGGGCCACCGCAGCGCCGUGCUGGACCUGCAGUGGUCGCGCGACGCAGACAUAUUGUUUUCGGCGUCGGCCGACACGCACCUGGCGAGCUGGGACCUGACGACGGGCGCGCGCAUCCGGCGGUACGUGGGCCACGAGGAGGCGGUGAACGCGCUGGACAUUAGCAAGCGCGGCGAGGAGAUCCUGUACAGCGGCAGCGACGACGGGUCGCUGGGCAUCUGGGACCCGCGCACCAAGAACGCGGCCGACUACAUCCAGACGGACUUCCCGAUCACCGCGGUGGCGAUUGCCGAGGCGGGCCACGAGCUGUACGCAGGCGGCAUCGACAACGACAUCAAGGUGUGGGACGUGCGCAAGCAGGCGGUGGUGUACACGCUGCACGGGCACCAGGACACCGUCACAAGUCUGCGGGUGUCGCCCGACAGCCAGUCGCUGCUGUCGUUUUCCAUGGACGCGACGGCGCGCACAUGGGACAUUCGGCCGUUUGCGCCGACGGAGCGGCAUAUACGGACGCUUGACGGCGCGCAGCCGGGGGUGGACAAAAAUCUGACGCACGCCAGCUGGGACCCGCAGGGCAAGCGGAUUGCCGCCGGGUCGGGCGACGGGACAGUGGUGGUGUGGUCGAGCGACAAUGGCAAGCUGCUGUAUAAGCUGCCGGGCCACAAGGGCAGUGUCAACGCGGCGGAGUUUUCGCCUUCGGACGAGCCGAUCACUCUAGUUCUCUCUGCGUCGUCUGACCGGACGCUGAUGCUCGGCGAGCUGAAAUAA